AUGCGGGCCCUCUAUGCGUUCUUCGCGUCGGCCCUCGCCUCGACGUGCUCGUCGUCGAAGCAGCCCAACGUCGUCUACAUCGUGACGCCCGCCCGCGUCACGGACGACCAGGACCAGAUGCUGGGCUCGAGCUUCCCCACCGUCGGCGGCGCCACGCCCCUCCCGAAGACGAAGCGGCUCCUCGUCGACGAGGGCGCGACCUUCACCAACGCCUUCAUCCACGUGCCCAUCUGCAACCCCUCCCGCUCCACGACGCUCACGGGCCGCUACUUCCACAACCUGCGGACGACGAACACGUCCUGGGCCGCCAUGCACGUGAACAUGGACGCCGUGCACAACCGGAGCUUCGGCCUCGUCUUCCAGCGCGCGGGCUACGCGACGGCGCUCCUGGGCAAGUACGUCAACGCCAUGCCGGAGGGCUACGUGCCCCAGGGCUGGUCCGCGUAUUUGGCGAACGGCGGCGGUGACUACUUCGGCCCCGAGUUCGUCGCGAGGAACGCGCCGGGCAUCCCAGACGGCGCCUACGCGGCGCCCAAGGACGCCUACACGGUGUCCGUCGUCGGCAACGCGUCCGUGGCCUUCCUCGAGAGGCACCUGUCCAAGUCGGAGCCCGUGCUGCUCUACUGCGCGCCCAAGGCCGUCCACGAGCCCUUCAACCCGCCGCCCUGGUACGCGGACCAUUGGGACCCGAGCUGGCCGGCGAAACCCGUGCGCGGGCCCGCCUGGAACGCGACGUUCGACGCGCGAAGGCGCCACGCGGCGAACGUCCCGACGCAGCCGAUGAUCACGGCCGCGGCCGCCGAGGUCGUCGACGGCGUCUAUCGGAACCGCUGGCGGUCGCUCAUGGCCGUCGACGACCUCGUGGAGGCGCUCGUGACGACCGUCGACGCCCGCGGCGCGACGGACCGCACGUACUUCGUCUUCACCUCGGACCACGGCUUCCAGCUCGGCCAGCUCAACAUGCUCAUGGACAAGCGCCACGUCUACGACUGGGACACGCGCGUGCCCCUGGUCAUCAAGGGCCCCGGCGUCGGCAGGGGGACGACGGUGGGCGCGCUGGUGACGAACGUCGACCUGGCGCCGACCCUGGCGGAGCUGUGCGGCGUGGGCCGCGCCUUCGACUGGGACGGGCGGUCCGUCGCCGGGCCUCUCAAGGGCGAGGCCGACGAGACGUGGCGCACGUCGGUGCUCGUCGAGUACUACUUCAACGACGCGAACGACAAGUGCGUCGCGGACUGCGCCGCGCCGAAAACGGCGUACCCCGGCGCGGACGUCUGGUGCGGCGACCUCGAAGAGGGCGACGCCUGCUGGGGGCCGGCGCCGAACGGCGGCUGCGUCGGCGCCUGCUACCCGACGGAAAACGCGGGCAACAACUUCCUCGGCCUCCGGAAGAUCGACGGCGGCGUCGACCUGCUCUACGCGAAAUACGAGAACGGGACCCAGACCGCCGCGAACCUGACGUUCCGGAGCCCGACGGCCCGCGAGCUCUUCGACACGGCGGCGGACCCCUGGUGCACCGUGAACACCUACGCGAGCGCCGACGGCGGCGCGCGCGCGGCGCUCGACGCGGAGCUCGACGCGUGGUUCCGCUGCGCGGGCGCGGCCUGCCCCUAA